CUGGGCUCGGGGAUAGGAAGCAAGACGAGCUUCUUCAGUCGCGCGCUCGCGGACCAAGCCGAGAGGGCCCGAGUGACGGGCCCAGCGGGCAGCGUCCCCGAGGCGAGGUCGUCGGCCGCGGUGAUGUCUGCCCGGUGCUGUGCUGGCCAGUUGGCCUGCUGUUGCGGAUCUGCUGGCUGCUCCCUCUGCUGUGGCUGCUGCCCUAAGUUCCGACAGUCUCGGACCACCCGCUUCAUGUAUUUAUUCUACUUCAUCCUGGUCAUCGCCCUCUGCUGUGUGAUGAUGACACCCUCUGUGAUGAAGCAGGUGAAGGACCACAUUCCCUUUUUUGAAGAGUUCUGUAAAAAGACUCAAGCCGGUGGUGACGCCUGUGAGAACCUGGUAGGGUAUUCUGCGGUGUACAGAGUCUGCUUUGGAAUGGCUUGUUUCUUUGCUCUGUUUUGCCUGCUGACCUUAAAAGUCAACAACAGCAAAAGUUGCCGGGCCUACAUUCACAACGGCUUUUGGUUCUUUAAAUUGCUGCUGUUAGGGGCCAUGUGCUCAGGAGCGUUCUUCAUUCCGGAUCAGGAGACCUUUCUGAAAGUCUGGCGCUAUGUGGGAGCUGGGGGCAGCUUCCUCUUCAUUUGUAUCCAGCUCCUCCUGAUUGUGCAGUUUGCACAUAAGUGGAACAAGAACUGGACUGCAGGCACCGUCCGUAAUAAGCUGUGGUACGCCUCCCUGUCCCUGGUGACACUCAUCAUGUAUUCCGUUGCUGUUGGAGGCUUGGCUUUGAUGGCAGUGUUUUACACACAGUGGGACGACUGCAUGGACAACAAGAUUCUCCUGGGAGUGCACGGUGGCCUAUGCGUGCUAAUCUCUCUGGUAGCCAUCUCACCCUGCGUCCAGAAUCGACAGCCACACUCUGGGCUGCUGCAGUCAGGGCUCAUAAGCUGUUAUGUCACCUACCUCACCUUCUCAGCACUGACCAGCAAGCCUGAAAAAAAAGUCCUGGAUGAACAUGGGAAGAAUGUUACCAUAUGUGCGCCUGACUUUGGUCAAGACCUGCAUAGAGAUGAAAACAUGGUGACUUGGCUGGGCACCCUUCUUCUAAUUGUGUGCAUCUCAUAUUCAUGUUUGACAUCGACAACAAGGUCGAGCUCGGAUGCUCUGCAGAGUCGAUACGGAGCGCCAGAGCUGGAAGUGGCCCGGUGCUGUUUCUGCUUUGGUCCAGAUGGAGAAGACACUGAAGAGCAGCAGAACGUCAAGAAGGGACCCAGGGUGAUUUAUGAUGAGAAGAAAGGCACCGUGUACAGCUACUCCUAUUUCCACUUCGUCUUCUUCCUGGCUUCCCUCUACGUGAUGAUGACUCUGACCAGCUGGUUCCACUAUGAAAAUGCCACCAUUAAGACCUUCUUCUCAGGCUGGUCCGUCUUCUGGGUCAAGAUGGCCUCCUGCUGGAUGUGUGUGCUGCUGUACCUGCAGACCUUGGUGGCCCCUCUCUGCUGUCCCUCCAGGCAGUUCUCUGUGUGAGGAUGUCCAGGUGCCCUGUGGCUCAGCAGGCCUGUGCCCACUGUGGAGGGCUGCCCUUUGAACGUGUGCACCAGGGGUUUAAGCAGCAACUGGUGCCCUGUGAAAAGCUGACAUCCCCUGGCUAGCUUAAGUAGGUCUGACAAAGCUUUCAGGAAACAAACAAAAUCUCCUGAUUAGCUUCUAGUUGUAAAAUCCAAAAGGAAACUACCAGUUAGAUCGACAGGAAUUGAAAUCUUUAGCCAAGCUGGUAGGUGCAAUUAUCUCUUUAUGCCUUACCCAAGAAUUAGCUGAAGUUUUGUUGCUGUUCUUCCUGGACGUGUUUUAACCAGGCCAGAGCUUGGGGCACAGCGUCUGUCACAGGGAUGAAAAUGUCCUUGUAUGGCCUGUCACUCUCAUCCUUGGCAUAAAGAAGCAACAACAAAAACACUUGAGUCCUCAGCCUAAGGUGGGGCUUGGCCCCUGUCACUCACCUUUGCCUGCCUCCCAGAGCCCUCACAGUUCCCUGUUUAUGCAGAGUACAGAGGGAGCCCCUCCUUUGACUCCACCCUCAACUACUUCUGCACAUCCCUGCCCCAGCAUUUUCUGUUGAGGUCAUGAUGCUGGGAGUCAUGGCCUUCUUGUCCUCUCUGCCCUUGGCAGAGGUCCUUCAUUCUUGUCUAAGGUAGUGUUUGUAAUAAUGUGAAAAGCACAAUUUCUUCUCACCUUCAUGGGAUGCUCCACCAUGUUUUCCCUACCCAGUACAAGACACUGCAGUAAUCCUGCUCUUAUUUAUGGCAGUGUUCAUGUGACUGUAAAACAAGAUGCAUGUUGUUGUCUUUGCCCAAGUAGUGGAGGGUUGCAGUUCUUACUUGUGAGUGUCAUUAACAGUAAUGCUUUAAGGGUCUUAACAAAAACGUUGCUUCUUUACUGCAGCUUGCCACACCCCUCUCAGUGUUAAGGUCAGCCCCCCUGACUCACCCCCACCAUGAGGCCUUCCUCACUUACAGUGUGCCCCCAAUGCUAACAGCAUGGUUUCCUUGAAGUAGAGGAGGGCUGGGGUAAGGUUCCCAAGCAGCUUCCAACAGAGCUGGCCACACAGAUCGGCCAGACAAGCUGUGCAAGUGUGGAAUUAGGCUGAGAUGCAAAAGUCGGUGGUUGGAGGCAUCUCACAAGACUACGAUUACAUCCAUACAAAUUCCUAGAUAUGCUUUUGGAAAGCAGUGCUCACAAGUGUGCAUUUUAGUGCCAAUGUUCAUAGUGAGGGAGAGGAUUUCCCCAGUGCCUAUCUGAACAAAUCAGACAGAAUUGGGACCCACAUAAGCCUGAUUCCCACAAGCCAAAAUGUCAGAAUCUUCAUUUCUACUCACUACUGUACCCUCCUGCUAAAAGGACCCACGGAAAGAAAUAGUGGUGAAUUCAGUGGAGAGCUUGUCUGGUUUAUAGUAUUUGAGAUCCUGUCUUAAAAGGUACACACAUAAGGACACCUUGUCUGUAAACUCUCAGCAGUUCAAAGAGAGGAGAAUCACACAAAGCAUAGCUGUAUACUAGCUCUAAACAAGUCUAGUUAAUCCAGUAGGAAUGGGAGCCUCAUCAUCUGGGGCCUGUGUAAGGCAGCAGCUUCGUUGCAGCAGCCCCUGCUGUGCUGAAGAAAGGAGGUGCUGAGAGAGAGGCAGAGAGGAACUCUGCUGGGGGGAGCAGGAUUGUUUUGCCAAGGUUUGUCUCUGCUGAGACUGGAAGCCAGGCGUGGUGACUUUUGAACUGGUCACAGCCAGGCUGACGAGGCCACACAUACCUGGGCUAGCCUUUGUUGGCCCCUUUUCCUCUAUGGAAAGCAGCUCAGGGAAACCCAGACAGUACCAGUGGCUGCCCCGGUGGCUUCCCUCUGAACCAAGCCCCAUUCACUUUCUAGCUGCCUAAGUCUUGGUUGAGUACAUGCCCUGCCGUUCUUCAGAAGUUAGGCCUCACACAGGACGAAGAGCUGGCCACCCUCUUCUUUACUCUCAGCUAAUGGUAUAAAUGGAUGGUCAGAAUUGAGAUGAAGGGUUUCUAAGAGAGAUAUACAUAAGAAUUGAUCCUUUAAUCUCUGCUGAAGUGAGGGAGUCUCUGGUUUCUAGGGCAGCUAGACCCUAUUUCAAAACAAAAAGUUGGCAUUUGUGAUCAGCUGUGAGAAACUACUCAGGUAGAAGCCUGUUUGUGAGCUUAGGAAUACUAUUGUUUGUGAAACUGGAGAAAACUGGAAAGUGUGCCAUUGUUUUGAGAUAACAACAGCAAUGUUACCUUGCUUUUAAAGAUAACAGGCCUUUGCUUCGUGCAAUACCCAAGCAACACUAUCAAAAUUCAUGCUUUGAAGCUGCCCAUCUGACCUUAGCCAUGGCAGCCCUGGAGGCAGAGUUUAGAAAUCAUGUGUUCUCUCCCUCUAGUGUUUUAUGAGUAAAAUGUUAGUUAUGCCAUGGAGGGAUUCUCCUGGGAGUCUCAUUCACACAUGAUGCCUGCUUCAAGUUUUUGUGGUGCUGGAUAGCUGAUCUGGGUUUCUUGGGAAGUCAGCAGAUGAAUUGUUCUGCAGGGGUUUGGGGAAGUUUUAUGGAGUGGGUGGACUGUGGUAUGGAAAGAGUUGUGGGGGGAGACAUGGAGUAUUGAGACUUCUGGUUCCGAAUCCCAUAGGGAGUGGCCAGUGGGAGACAUAGUGCCAUGUCUCCAGUUCCACGGUGACUUCACGCCAGUGUUAAUUGCCCCCUUCCCAAAUUGUCACCCUCUGUCUUUAUCCAAUAAUGUUCUCAUGCCGUCCUUGGUGCUUCACGUUACCCUGGAAAGAGAGCUCCAGAGCUUGCAUUUAAACUUCUGGGCAUCUCUGCUUCAAUGCCUUUCUAACCAGUGGCUCUUUUUCGUGUGCGGAAACAUAAACCAGUGCACAUCCCACAUACUGCCAAGAAGUGAAAGGGCUUCAUAAGGAAGAUGGGCACCAGGGAGGACCCUGGGCUUCCUCCUCGGACAUGAGCUUGCCACCUGGUCAUAUGCUCUGAAGGUUUCUUCUGUGACUGAGACUAGUAAACAUUUUAUUCCCUGCAGAGAUGAGCUGUCUGGCAUGGGGGUGACUUCAGUAGACAGGAGAGCCGACAUGAUGGCUUUAGCUCGUUCUCACUUGCCGUUUUCCAUCACUGAGGCAUUCACAGAGACAGUUACUUUAAAAGGCUGAAACACUUGGCUUUUACCAAAGAGGUGUAUCUGAUUUUGUUUUAGUUGGGCAAGGGCAGAACUGGAAUGCAUUUGCCCAAUUGACUUCAAGAAGUUUAACUACAUUCAUGUGAGGAAAAUGAUAGAAGUCUUUAAGGUAAUUCUUUAGGAUCCUGGGAAAUUCUCUCAGGUAAAGAAAGAUUACAGCAGAUGAGUAAUAUAUGUCUUGAGAGCUAUUUAUAAAAAUUGUAAGAGGAUCAUUUUGUUUCCAUUUAUUAAAAAGUUAAACUUUUUUACUUUGCAAAGAAAAUACUACAAACAUUUUUAUAGUCAUAACUGUUAAUUUUUUUAAAAAGACUUUUUUUUUUGGAAACAAUUAGCUGUAGCCAAAUUUUGUGGUUACAUUUUUGCUAUAGUGGAGUUUGAAUGCAAUCUGUGUGGUAAGUCUACUGUUUGUUUAUAAAGGUCUCUGACAUGGUUAGAUUUUGCUACCUUUUAAAAUAGUUAUUUUUCCCCAUUAGCCACAAAGCCAAUUAUGGAUUUGUAUUUGUGUUUUUCAAUGCUAAUUUUUCUAUGAAGCACCUGAAAUUGACUAGCCUUUUCCUAUGUAGAAAACUCAAACAUGUUAACUCUGUACUUUAAUAAAAUGUAAACUUGAAA